AUGUACUCUCCCGACCAAUUCAUGAAUCCUGGGCCGGCACCGCGCCCACCAGCCGAGCGUCCGAAGCUUAACCUGCCUGCCAACUCCUCGAAUACGGUCGCCUCCUUCAGCCAAAUGAGCCUAGACUCCCCUGGUACGCCAGGGUCUGCCAACUUGUCAUUAUUCCCGAAUACUAGCACCCCGUCUCUCACACAAACAAAGACCAACCAGUCGGGACAGGGAGGGGUAGCCGUCAUCAAGGAAGGGUAUGUUCGUUGCAAGGAAGACAAAUUUCUGGCUACCUGGAACCAGCGAUAUUUGAUACUUCGAGAGUUUCGAUUAGACUUCUUGAAGAAUGAGACGGGUAGGGUAGUCUUGUCGAUCCCGCUUCAAACGGUCACCGCUGUCUCCCGUUCGGAAGACACUCGGAUGGCCUUCGAAGUUAUUCGUCUGGCCAAUCCGAAAGAUGCCACCUCUAAGGCUGCCCUGAUCACACGCGACGUGCCAACCAAGAGCAUUACCUGUGAGGUCAAGAGUGAUGACGAGAUCUAUGACUGGAUUGACAAGAUAUACGAGCGCUGCCCGGGAAUGGGAGGUGUAAGCAAUCCCACCAAUUUUAGUCACCGCGUUCACGUCGGUUUCGACCCUCGAACAGGCGCCUUUGUGGGAUUACCGCCUGAGUGGGAGAAGCUGCUGACUGCGUCGGCUAUUACCAAAGAAGACUAUAAGAAGAACCCCCAAGCCGUUAUCGAAGUUCUCGAGUUUUACUCCGAUAUAAAGAUGCGCGAACAAAACCCACAGUAUUAUGCCGGAUUAGCUUCUCCCCAGUCAAGCCAGCAACCAAAACCUUACAACAGCAAUACGGUUGGCAGUUCUAUUGCUCCUCCAAGACCGCCACCACCAGCCCCAUCCCAACGCCUAGACAGCGGUCACUCCAAUCGCUCCGCUGGUUCAUCACCCUCGCCGGUGCACAGCAAAUCAGACCCAGAUCGUGCUUUGGAACAGCAGCAACAGCUGGAGAGAAUGAAGGAGAUGGCGGACCAGGAGCGUCGACGCAUGGAGGAAGGGGCUCGCCGUACUCGUCAACGCGAAGAAGAGCAGAACAGGCUCGAUCAAGAAGCGUACAACGCCUCACUUCCAAAAACUCGCGUCCCUCUGGCUAAACAGGAGCUUGGCGGCUAUGGCGCUGAUUCGUCAAUGAACGAGCGCUACAAACCAAGCCGUCCCGCCCCGCAGGCUCCUAGCUCGGCUCGACAAGACUCUGCACGCCAGCUCACGGCUCAGCGCCCAGCGCCAGCCCCUCCGAGCUCCAAUCAGGGCCAACGGCCAGGGGAGUACGGCUCAGCCAAUGGCCCCGGAAUUGCACGCACUCCAGGGUCAGACCAAUCUUCUCCCAACUCGCGUUACCCUGCACAUGAUCCACGAGCACAGUCCUCUGCGGCGCGCUCUCAGAACAAUGGUACCAAACAGCAGGCUCAGGGCCCACCACCCAGCAAACUUCCUGCUCCCGUGCAGCCAGUGAAGCCACUGAAUAUUGCAAACAAACAAGCAACUAAUAAGAACGUUCCCGAUGGUGUCCGUCAAGCGGAAGCUGCCCUGACUAAGAAAGCCGAGCCCCGGCAGAGGGAAGUUCGCAUGUCAGCAAUGUCGGAGAACGAAGUCAUGGAUCGACUUAGAUCCGUCGUCUCUAAAGACAAUCCCAACGAAUCUUACAGUAAGCAACGCAAGAUUGGACAAGGUGCAUCUGGAUCUGUGUAUGUCGCCCGUGUUAAAGAACAUGCUGUUUCUCCGGUUGCCCGCGAACUGUACCGCCAAUAUGGACCUCGAACUCAGGUUGCAAUCAAACAAAUGGAUCUGCGUAGUCAGCCACGAAAGGAGCUUAUUGUCAACGAGAUCAUUGUGAUGAAAGACAGCCAGCAUGCCAAUAUUGUUAACUUUCUUGACUCAUUCCUUCAAGAGCAAAGCAAUGAGCUUUGGGUUGUUAUGGAAUUCAUGGAGGGUGGUGCUCUCACAGAUGUCAUUGACAACAACCCUGUAAUCCAGGAAGAUCAGAUUGCUACUAUUUGCUCAGAGACUUGCAAAGGACUGGCACACCUACAUAGCCAAAAUAUUAUCCACCGUGAUAUCAAGAGUGAUAAUGUCCUUCUUGACCGCGCUGGUCAUGUAAAGAUUACCGACUUUGGAUUCUGUGCUAAACUUACUGAGUCAAAGAGCAAGCGUGCAACGAUGGUUGGGACACCAUACUGGAUGGCCCCAGAAGUUGUCAAACAGAAGGAAUAUGGACCUAAGGUCGACUGCUGGUCACUAGGAAUUAUGGCUAUCGAGAUGAUUGAGUCAGAGCCCCCCUACCUGAACGAGGAACCGCUUAAAGCUCUCUAUCUUAUUGCCACCAAUGGCACCCCCCGUCUAAAGAAGCCCGAAAAGUUGAGCAAGGAACUCAAAUCCUUCCUCAGCCAGUGUCUGUGUGUCGACGUCCGCAGUCGCGCCACUGCGGAAGAACUGCUAGCUCACGAAUUCCUCAAGUCUGGCUGUAGUCUCCCUAGUCUUGCGGAGUUGCUCCGUUGGAAGAAGAACAACGGACAGUGA